GAAGUGUUUCUAAAGCUUUGAAUCUAAAGCUUUGAAGGGAAAUUGGGUGGCUUGCCAAUUUUUGGUUGAUUUUGCCAAUUAUGCCCUUCAAUUGGAGAGCUCCUGCUUAUGCGCUUUGGGAUAUUUUUGUCUUUUGAGCUUUUAAUGUGCUGGCAUCCUGUGGGUUUGGCCACGUACGCGUCUAGAUUUUGGGCUUUUUGUUCUCUCUUUUGCAAGAGUGGAUGCUUCCAGACGGUUUGAAGCGAUACUGGGGUUCCGUUCCUGAUCGGCUAUUCCGCGUACCUGUUUCCUAUUCGUGCUCUUGCCGGCCGCUGCGGCUUGUUGCGUGAGACUUGCUAUGAAGUAAGAUACUUGUUUAGGCUGUGGCGUAUAGUGCUAUGGUGAUUCAAUUGCCAUUUGUUCGCUGGACUACCGAGACGCAUCCAACCUCUGCAUGGUUUUCGGCCCAUGUAUUUUCUCCUUACUGCUCGUGGUGAUAAAGUUGUUGCUGCAAUAUCGUAUCCAGGAGAAAAUGAGAAUCCAAUUUACAGACCACGCCACAAAUUUAUUCGUGACUAUGGACAACGAUUGGGGCUAGAGUGGGCUUCAGAAACUGAUAUGGCAGUUUGGUUAGAUGCUGUUGUGCACAAUUCUUUUGUGCGCAGCAGCACUGUAGGUGUGGGCUCUUGGUGGUAUAUAGCACUAAUUACAGAUCACCACCUGACUGGUUUGAUUCUCUAACUUAGUAUUUUAUGUUUAGCAGUUUAAUGCUCAUUGCUUUAAGAAAUUAUGCCUCAGAUUUGUGUUAUGUUCUGUUUAAUACAUUGCCAUUGCCACCAGGAUGUGCACAUUAUGUGCAAGGUCACAACAGGACAGUUUGGGUACUCUUGAAGCAUGGCUCAAGAUCAUGGCCUGUUCGUGUAGUUGUUAAUGUUUAUGCAGUAUGGGUAGGCCGAGUUUUGUGCAACUCAUCGACUGGAAAAUGGAUACAAAGUGAUUCUCUCUUGUGAAAGGAUGUGGAUUUUCAGCACUAUAAUUUUUGAUGAAAAUGAUAACGAGGUUACAUAUGCUUGGUCAGAAGAACUAAAUCCAUAUUGGGAAAGCUUACAUCCUACACAAGAUGAUUUGCGCACUGCAUGCUUGCCAUCUAUCUUUGACCACGAGUCUAUUUUACUGAAAUAUGGAUACACGUGUGGAACAAUGAUCUUUAAUGGCGAGGAGUUUGGCCGAAGGAUCCAUCCGAUCUUUCAGAAGCUAAACCUUGGUGACGUUACAAUUAGGAUGGGAAACCGGCUCUUGAUUAUCCCUCGCAACAACAUGUCUCUCAGUUAUCCCAUCUUCCGCGAGUUCAUUGAAGCAUUACACCUAAGGUGGACAGAUUUCAUCCUCAUUGCAAUGCUGGGAAGCUAUGAGAUCAGGGUUGUUGUCAUUGAUGGAAUAGAGAAGUGCGAGAAAAGUUUUGAAUGGUUCUGAAGAUAUGGCUAGGUUGUUUUUGGGUUUUGGCAUAACUGGUAGUCAAUGAAAAAUGCAGCGAAUGGCUAGACUUUUGCCCCUUAUUUCUUGUCAUGGUAUGCCAGACAAUAUCUCUAGGAUGACGAUGUUGGUUUUGAUCAGCAUAUCUAGGAUUAUAUGUAAAUUAAACUUUUGAACAUCUGUACUCCAGGAUAAUCAAGACUAAUCUUGUGCUUAGUUGACUAGCAAAACCACCAAGAAAUUGGUUUUCCUUCUGCUGAUGUGUGCACAUCCAAUUGUGUGGUAAUAUUUGCAGCUACAAUGAAACGUUCAUAUAUUUUGUUCAGCCCAGGUAUUAUGUUCACUCUGUU